AAUUUAUCCGGUUUGACUCAAAAAAGUCAAACUUGACAAAUACACUAGGACGGAGAUAGUACUUAUUUUAAAAUAUACUACCUCCGUCCCAGAGUAUUUGUCCACUUUCAUUUUUACACACCAUCCAAUACACUUCUUUAAUCCAUUUUAUCUUGUAAUUUGUAUAUUAAAAAAUUAUAGAAAUUAUAUAUUAAUAAUCUAUAUGUUAAGACGAAUCAAACAAGAUCACACAUGACUAUAUUUAGGCUUACACAUUGAGAGAAUUUGAUGAGUCAAAAUGCUUAGAUGAACAGUUCCAAAAGUCAAAACUGGACGAAUACUCCGGGACGGAGGGAGUAGAUAGAUAGGGAAAAAAACAAUAUAAUCUGUCAUAGAUAUAUAACUUGUAAGACUGCAUAAACUAAGAGUCUAUAAUGCCUUUUGAUAUGUUCAUCCGCGUCUCUGAUGUUCAGUUCAUAACCAUAAUCAUACGAAAGCUCGUGUACUGGAUAAAUGUUAUUGGCAACCACAAAUAUCACUUGCACAAGUUUGAUGUCACGGUUGUUGCGUAACACACUGUACAAAGAGAUUAAGUGAGCAAUUGUGAUUGAUGAAUUUAUACACAUUAUCACAAGAGAAAGUCUCGUUGCAAAACUCAGGUGUUGGAGUCUUUUAACUCUCUUUGUCCACAUGGUGAGGUAAUGUGAGUACGUGACCUCUCUCAACUGCCUUUCUCUUCCAUUCAAACCUUUAAUGGUUUAGAUUCAAUCAAUAUCAAACACAUAACUUGUAUCAGUUUCGGGAUGUACUUGUUCAAUCUUCAUGAGUUUGUGUACUCACAAAUAGUUUGAGAUGUUUCAAAACGGAAUAGAACCAAGACUUGUACCAACACCUAAUAAAAAUCAUGAAAAAGUGAUUUCAUUUUUCAUUUCAACCUAUUGCUCCACAAUCUCGACAUAUACUAUGGUAUUUGUCCACAAUCUUGUUGAAGAAUUUACGGUUACAACGAUGAGUUGACUGACGGACCCGGAGUCGGUAGCUUCCCUGUUAUACUUUUUACGUCGGACCAAUGUGAACUCUUCCUCAUAUUUGUAUUCUUCAUAGUCAUAGUAAGGUGCAGGAUGGGCUUCCGUCACCUCAAUCACUUGCUGGGUUGUAGUAGAAUUGUGGGAAGAGGCCCAUUUGUGGUGAUUUCCUCGUUUGCACUAACUCGCAAAACAGUUUGGAUGGAGAGAUGAUCAUUAGCCUCUGUCUCAUCGGAAUUUGAUGUUGCACUAGCCUCGUAUGCAAUAUCAGACUUGGGUUUUUCGUUUGUGGAGUGUGAUGGAGUCACAAUCCUUAAGGCCAUCGAGGAAUUGGCAACAGUUUUACCCUUAGUUCAAUUCACCAUUUCCAUAUCAGUGGGAGUUCUGGAGCCAUUUCCAUAUCAGUGGGAGUUCCGGAGCCAUUGCAGUCCAUUAUCUCAACACAUCAUUCAUCUCGGUGAUGAACAGUAACCCAUGAACCUUAAUACUGACUUCCUUUGGGGAGUUUUUGGAGACUGAGUUCAUUACAGAUUUACAGGUGAGACCAAAUGGUUAGCCUUUUGAACUUACGAGGGCAACCUUUUUGAAUAUUGGCCACAUGAGAAUUCAAGGCGGGGAUCUCAAUAGAGUCAUUCUGUUUCUCAUCUGCAUUUGUCACCACCUUCGUUUUAGUGGUUUCAUUUGCUGCAUAGGCUGGUGGAGCCCCGUCUGGAGGGACACUCAAGGCAACCAAAGGAGUAGCUGCCUUUUCCUCCUAAGCCAAACCCUCAGAUUUGGCAAACUUAGAAGGCUCUGCGUGCAAGGGAACAACUGGGUUGUCCUAAAGAGUUGUUUCCACAGGCUUCUUGGGCUUUUCAGCAGGCCCCAAUGCGCCCAAAGCCAUGUGACCCUGAUUUACCAAGACAUCUUCCAAGUGCAAUACUCCAGCAGUUUGGUUUGACAGUGAGGGGUCAUUAACACUUGUCCUUGCAGCACAUGGGAUUGCAGGAACUUUGUCUAGGUAUUCAAGUGUCGGGUAGCAAUAGGAGGCUGGACAGGAAUGUGGUUUGUCUCCUUUCCGCUGGAUUGUUUGGGCACCGAAGAAACCUUCUCCCUCUACAUCAAGGGAUUCGACCCAAUCGCCAUGGAGAUAGCUUGACCUGGGGAAAAUAUAAUGACUGGACGCAAUAGAGGUCUCAAAUGCUGCAGACGGCACUCAAAACUAAGUCUUCCAGAUCCGAAGCAAGAGAUAGAUCCGGGGGGGGGGCUCAUCACGGUUGGUUUCAGAGGUUGAUGAAUGAUAAUGCGGGCCUAGGUCCUAGGAGGUCCCAAAGGAAUCCAAACCCAGGGUUGCUGCAGUGAGGCAAUGUUGCCUUUCGACACUGCGUGGUGACACAAAAGGCGGCAGAGGCCUGAGCUUCCAGGGACGUGAGAUAGUGCGGGGAUGCUUGCAAGAGACCCAGGGCAUUGUUGCUGGGGCUUAAGGAACAGAUGCAGCACAGGUUAAAGAUGGGGUGAAAGAGAAGAAGAUGAUGAAGACAGUCUAAAUAAUGAGAAACUUGCUAAGGAAGCUGAAAUGGAGUUUGAUACAAUUAGCAUGGAGCAGAAUGGCAUAAUUAGCUAAGAUGUCAUAUUUGGAGAAUUCCUUUAGGAAACAAACUGUUUCUAAGAUG